UGACGUACAUGACGCAGGACGUGACUACGUGUUGGGAAUGACACAGGAAGCUGGACGAGGCAGCAGUUGAGGUUGUAGUUGUGUAAAAAAGGACAAAUUUGUCCGAAACUGUGGAAAAACUGCGGGACAGCAGUAUGUUGCCCACCACCACAUACUCCCCCCAGAGGCAGGGCAAUGGCAGCCUUAACUCGCGGGAUGCGGCGCGGCACACAGCUGGCGCAAAGCGCUACAAAUACCUACGCAGGCUCCUGCACUUCAAGCAGAUGGACUUUGAGUUUGCCAUGUGGCAGAUGCUCUACCUGUUCACGUCACCGCAGAGAGUGUACCGCAACUUCCACUACCGGAAACAGACCAAAGACCAGUGGGCUCGGGACGACCCUGCUUUUCUGGUGCUGCUCAGCGUCUGGCUUUGCGUGUCCACCGUGGGCUUUGGGCUGGUGCUGGAUAUGAGCUUUUUGGAGACACUGAAGCUGUUACUGUGGGUGGUGUUCAUCGACUGUAUUGGAGUGGGGUUGCUCAUUUCCACACUCAUGUGGUUUGUGACUAAUAAAUACCUCAUGAAGCAUCAUAGCAAAGACUGUGAUGUGGAGUGGGGAUAUGCCUUCGAUGUUCAUCUAAAUGCUUUCUACCCUCUGUUGGUCAUCCUACACUUUCUACAGCUGUUUUUCAUCAAUCACAUUGUGGUCAUAAAAUCAGGGUCGUUCAUAGGAUAUUUUGUGGGGAAUACAUUGUGGCUCAUUGCCAUUGGCUACUACAUAUACAUCACAUUCCUUGGCUACAGUGCACUGCCCUUUCUGAAGAACACAGUUAUUCUCCUCUACCCUUUCGCUCUGCUUGUGCUUCUCUAUGUUCUCUCCAUCACCUUGGGCUGGAACUUCACUGCAGGCCUUUGCUGGUUCUACAAGCAGAGAGUCCGAUAGGGGGCGCGACGACAUCUGCUUGAAUGGAACUUGCUGUUUCAGUCUGGAUUGUGCUGCUUUCAGAGACUUUCAUGGACAGCGCCGUUCUCGCUCCUUGGACUUAAACACUUUUGUAUACUUUGUAAAUAACAGUUUGACUGUAGGUGAAACAAAAGAGAAAGAAUGUGAGAAUUGUUUAUAAAGUAUUGUUCUUUGUUUUGUUUUUUAAUUUGAUAUUCUUUAACUUUUCUGAUAUUGAACAGAAAUGGUGACAAGCCAAGCCUUUUUGGGUAAAGAUAGCGCAAAUAUGUUAUGAUGGAUUUUCUUUGGGUGCAUUUCAUGAUUCUCUAUCAGAACAAAUUCAAUAAACAGGUUUUUACAGUA